AUGACGGAGGGGAUGCGGACGAGCGCGGACGCGUAUGCGAUGAUGGGCCUCGAGGGCUGCGCGAGCUCGCGCGAGGUGUUCUGGCACCUUGGAGCGGACAACGAGGGGCGGUGGGAUAGGUUCCCGGGCGUCGCGAGCUGGCGGUGGGAGCCCCCGAGCGGGUGCACGGCGGAGGAGGCGAGCGCGGGAGUGCUGGUCAGGCAUCUAGUGGAGAAGGGCGGAUGGUUGCUCAUUGGAGACUCAGUGACUGAAAACCACUUCUUCUCUCUUUCAUGCAUCCUCUAUCCCCAUGUGCGAGCGACACCCGACUACACCGGCGGCGGCGGGUUCGACCGCGCAUGGCCCCAGAACCUCUACCUCAACCCUUCCUCGCCCCUUCUCUCUAGUCUCAAACUCCCUCCGGGCUUCGACAUCGCAAACACCCCGCUCGUCACCUUCCGCCGCGUCGACCUCCUCAUGAUGCCCUCGCGGCUCGACAAUCUCUACCGGCAACUGCACCCCACCUCCAAGUAUCUCCACAACAGAACGACGUUGCUCUCCGACGAGCCUAUCUGGAAUCUCUCGCCCGAAGAGUACAUGGGCAUACUCAACACCCCACGUCCCGCCGGUGGAUACUCCACGCUGAUCGUGAGCACCGGCGGGCACUGGACCACGCACCUCUUCGAGGGCCUCAAGGACGACGCGCUCUUUCACGAGGGCAUCUUCAACGUCGUCGACUUCUUCCACGAGGCGAUGCAGGUCUGGGCCGGGGAGGUGCAGGCCCUGCUUGACUCCCACCGCGCGGACGACGGCGCAGAGGAAGACGCGUCGGACAAGCAACUGGGCCUCGCUCCUGGGGGCCGUCGGGUCACCACCCCGGCGAAGCCGAGGAGCACGCGGCAGGUGCUCGUCCGCGCGUACUUGCCUGGGCACGAAGACUGUCAUCUCAACAGCGCGCCCACGCGGCGGUACGCGAAGGGCCCCAACGGGUGGUGGAACUGGAACCAGAUCGGGGACUUCAACCGGGCCUUCGCGGAUGUGCUUGACGGGGGCUACCCGGACGUCCACUACCUCGGGAUCGACAACCCCGCGCUCCUCCGGCCGGACGCGCACGUCGCGAGCGAUUGCUUGCACUUCAUGACCGGGGCUGGGGUCCUCGAGGGCUGGACGCAGUACAUCUGGCACUAUGUCACCGUCGAGAUCCCUGGGCUCGGGCGGGCGGGGCGAUGA